GGGGCUUUUGCGCACACAUGCAUUCAUAAAGGCUCUGUGCAGCCUGGUAUGCAGAUACAGGCAGAGCUCAGGUAUUUACAUCUUGAGAUAAGUGACACCACACGAUUAUUGAAACAGUAACUGCACUGAUAAUACAAUACACAGUACAUUCUUGAGCAGAAAAGCCCUUUGUAACUGUGAUGAAUGGAGUGUGUACAGAUUGAUUACUGAAUAGCCGAAAGGUAUCAGUGGUGUCGAAUGGUCCUGUUUGUGAAGAUUGACUUCAAGUGGCUAUGAGUCUCAGGUUUCAUUAACCUGUUCAUUUUUAAUUACACAAUUAGUGGUGAUAAACAGACGAAUAAAAAUAAUCAUGGCAGUUUUUCAAGUCCAGUUCGUACCUUCCUACGCUGUAUAUGGUUUAAGUCAGUUUGAAUGGAAGCAGAAAGAAAACAAUAAGUUCCAUGUAAUAGAAGUUAGCUAAAACAGGUGCAUACACAAACCUGGCCUACAAAUUUUCAGCAAGGGAUUUGAUUACAUUCAGGCUUACCAGUUUUACAGAUUAAAAUCAGUCUGUAGAUUGUUCCAAAAGAAAACUUUCAUUCCCACCUCAGUUUGGACUUUAGGAAAGACACGAUAUCUAUCAAAUAAAAAUAGUGAGUUCUAUCCUUCAAGGUAAAAAGGGAGGAAACAUAAACACAGGAUCGUCACCUGAUCAAGAUCAAAAAUCUGUGGUUUAGCUUACCACAGUGCAGCUCGCCUGGCUUUGUACAAGGUUACAACUUUCUCCGACAGGCUUUUCUAAAUCUUACAUAAGAGCCUGCUUAAUUUUGUUCCAUGAUUUUAUCAAACAAUUUCUCAUAAAUUAAGAAUUUUCCAGUCUUUUGGCACUAAACUGCCGCGUCAAAAAAAAAAAGCAUCUGAUCAAUCAAUUGAUCGUUUGUUUGUCUAAAGGAUCACAACCUUUUAAAUACAAGCCACCUCUGUUUCCAGUUUUCAUGACAAAUUUGAUAUUUUAACAGUCCAAACUUUAUUCUAUAUCUCUGAAUAUCUUAAAUCAAUGAGCAGUUGUCAGUGAUAAGCAUCACUUAUACGGGAAUUCGAACAACAAACCCUUUUCAGCACCAAGGGGAAAAAACAGUGUGAAAGAGAGUCUGUAAGGCCCUCAUCACUGAAAUUGUUUGUUUGAGGAGGGCUGCUGCUGGACCUCCUGGAUGAUGCCCUGACGCACAAGCUCACGAGGAUGGCCCCGCCUGCCAAAGUCAACAGGCACAGAAAGACUAGCGCUAAUUACCAAGGAGAAGGGUAGCCCUGUCCUCCACAGGACACAAUAACAGCAAAUGAUCAGACAAAGGAGCUUUUCAGAAAGUGUUGUAGCCUGUAGAUGCAAAAUAAACCAACGAAUGGAGGUCAAGUGAAUGGAGCAGCAACUCCAGGUAGUCGUCCAGUCCUACUUGUUAAUAAGAAAAUAAAAAAACAAGCAGUGUAUCUCCUAAUGUUUAAAGACAGGACUCCUUUUGACUAAAAGUCUUUUUGCUACAACCAUAGAGAGGGAAGUAUCACGUUUAAACCAGCAUGAUUACCUCAUAUCAGCCCUGAAAUGAAACGCUUUGACUGAGGGCUUUAGUUUGCUAAUGUGUAGCAAAUAAGCCGCUGAAGAGUGUUCCCGUGUAAUUAUGAAAGCCUGCUGAAGUACAAGCUGUAACAAAGAUUGGACACAGAUUCAGAGGGCAGCUAUUGAAAUCCGGUGGAGGGAGCGGAGGGGGAGUGAAGCGAGGCAAACUGAAGGAUAUGAGACCUCAGCAUUAGUGUUGUCAUGCAUGAAUACCAGUUUUCAUUGAUUAUUUCAAGCUAAUGAAGAAUAGGAUACUUUUAUUAGGCAUUAAAGAUACAGGUGAUGGGUACACAUUAUUAUAUAUUUUACAUUAUUAGAACCCCUUUAAAUAAAAAUAAACAAAACAAAACCAUCUUCAGAGUCUUUCUGCUGUCAACGCUCGAGUCAGUUGGGUUACAAGUCCUGAAACUUUGGGCUUGAGUCAUAAGUGGAAACAGUGAAACAGUUGUAUUAUUGAUAGGGCAGAGAGAAAGACCAGACACUGAACUCUGUGUCUAGACGAGAAAGCAGCUUCGUUCAAUAUCAGAAGGUAACAUCCAAAUGAUUCUGCAAAAACAUGACAGAGCAUGAGGGGUGUCAGGUGUAAUUUUUUUGUGGAUCCCAGCUGGAGGAAACUGUACACAGCUGCACAUGAACAUCCUUGCCUUGCCUGAUUUGGCUCCAAGCUACCCUGGUUGCUACCUCACAGGUCUCCUGAGCUGCAGAGAUGUUCGUGCCUCACAUCCCAAGAGUUCACUGUGUAUUCUUCUUCAUCCCAGGUGUCAGAGUCACGAAUAGCCUCACUCACACUGCAGCCCUUUUUAGCUGCAGUAUAAGUGAAAAAAAAAUAGUAUUAAUUUUAGGUUAUUUGUCACCUGAACUAAUUUCAAUGUUACUCCAAAUAAAAAUCAACAAACUUUAAGACACUUCAGUGUCUUUGCUCCCUGUAAGUUUGACAAUUCCAGCUUCCUAGUGGUCUGAAUCAAAUACAUUCUGGUGAAAAGGACAUUCAUACACAGCUCAAUACAUAAAUCAUUUCUAUUAGCAUGAAAUUUUCUGUCCCAUUGUGAUCCUAACCUUGAAAUCUACAUUAUGAUAAUCUUAAUGUCUACUGCCUGAAUAAAGAAGCCGAGGGACAUUUGAAUUUAAUUAGAUCUGCUGGACAUUCAUAAUAACGUGACUUCAGUUUGAGUAAAUAUUAAAGGGAUUACAUCUCUCAUUAUCUUUGAGACUUGCACUCCUGGUAUUGUUUAUAUUCUCAUUGAAGCAGCAAGUUUAAGUAUCGGGGAGUAAAUGCCUCCACAUGCUUACUUAAACAAACAGCAUGUCCAUGAGUGAAUGGGUGACUCAUUACAUCCUGUCACACAGAGAGUACCACAGGAUAUCGUUAGUCAUCCUUUCUUGUCACUCCGCAUGGUAAUGGUGUGAUGUCUGGAGUCUAAAUAUCUACUGUAAGAAAGAAAAAGUCCCCUCGAGUUUACCUAUAUGCACCCACAUUUGAUAAAAGGCCAGCUCAGGCCUAAGAAUAAGACGAAUGACGUGUUUGACUUUUGCGUUGUGGUUGUUUGUGGUUGCAGACUCACUGUGCAAUGGAACGUGCCUGAUAACUCACCUGUUUUCUGUAAACAGUAUUACUCUUGGAGACUGUUUAACCUUCGAUGUCUCUAUUUCUUUAGUCUGAUAGCUGGGAGAACAACAGAUUUUUCUCCAGCUCACAGGAAAAAAAAUUCAACCUUCACAGCAUCUCUGUGGACUGUAACAACACAAUAUAGGCAAUUAAUUCUGCUUCGAAUGCACACAGGAAACAUGUGGACGAUAUCGCUGUACUGAUGCAUGAAACAGCAGUAUUGUGUGUUUUUGUGUGUGUGUAUCUUUGUGUUCAGCUAGUGAGGGAGAGGGAAGUUCUCUGGAAUAGUAGAAGCAGUACUCGUAAAUUUAUUUCCAAGAAUUUUCCUGUGACGCUGACGUGAGUUUUAUAUAGUUUGGCUCACAUUUAACAUUUUUUCAACACUCACUAAGAUUUGGGAAAAUCAACAAAUUCGCAGUGUAUUAUUGCCCUCCACAAAUAAUGAUCACCUCUUGUGUAAUGAGAAGCCUUGUCCCUAUUGGGCAGCAAUAAAAUAAGCCUGGAAACAAACUCGAAAAUAGUUUUAUUCUGGCCGUGACAACGACUUUUAGCGUCUGGAAUUAGUCAUAUUUGGACAAUGAUAAAAAAGUCAAACAAGAAUACUUUAUGACAUUCGGCCUGGGAAAGUUCCUUGAAAGGAAGAAUAGAGAGGUCAGCCUCUGCACAUGCUACUGUUUGUCUUGAACAGGAGUCACCCGGCAUGCUCAUGAGAUCUGACUCAGUUUAUAUAAUCGUGUCGGUGUUGCCCACACUCAGGAAAUACAACAAAUACAACAUGUGAGUGGGACAGACAUUCAAAUGACACAAGGGACGUUUGGUUAUGAAAACAGUUGCAUGAGACGCUGAGUGGGUUGUGUGGUUUUGUUGUAAGUGUGCAUCAAAAUAUUGCAUGACCUUUCAGCAGGGACAUUUUACAUGUAGUUUGCAUUCAUUUAACAUUUUAGACUGUGGGAGGGGAGGACCCGUUCCUCUACCAAGGCUGGUGUUUGGUAUUUACUCUCACUCUAAAUGACUUUAUCCUAUGCACACUUUGAAAUGCUACUGUAGUUCUCCCUCUGACACAUGCAGAAGUUGUUUGGUUGUGUGUUUCCUGCCAAACUUUUGGCAGAGCAGAUAUGUCAAGUCACUUUUUCCCCAACACCUUACUUCUGUUUCUAACUUUCCCUCAACUUUACUCAGUGACACUUUUGAUAACAACUAUAUAUCCCUAUAACACAUUUCUAAGAAUUGAUAGUAUUUUGUAGUAGUUAAGUGUCAGACAAAAAUAAUAUAACAUUUUAUUAACCAUACCUUUAAAAGGCAUCAAGCUAACUGCAUAACUCUUAAAAAAUAUUGCUUUAAACUGUUGUGAAAGCUUGUGAUUUUUCAUAAACAUUGUCAUAAAGCCUGCAUACAUAAAUGUGCUAAUAAUCCAUUAGAAGGGCAGUUUCUCAAAAAGUGAUACCCUUUAUUUUUUAUGAAAUUUAUUUGUGUAGUUUGGUGUCAUUGUGAGGGAAAGUCACUCACAUAACCUCUUAAAUCCUGGUUCUUAUCAGUCACAUACAGCAGGUUGAAGAAAAACAUGGCUGUGUCCUUCACUCCACAACAUUUGAGCUAGCUUUGAAAACAGUAAUUUGAGGAAGAUAAUAUUUCCUGUAUUCACUUGUGCACUUUGUCUUGCACUGACCCUGUCUCCCUUUGUCACACAACUCUUUUUAAACGUCUUUCUUUGGUAACACUCACAUCUCCUUUUUUUGUCUCUUCUGCUUUUUUCCCCCUCAAACUGUGCCACCCCCCUUUUCUCGUUUCACAGGCUUUGUGGUGGAUUGUUUUACCUGCAAUAUCAGAUGAAACUAGGGCAGAACAGGCUGCUAACCCCAACACUCAAAAUAAAAAUUGGAGGCCAAGUAUGUGUUGCAAAUAAUCUGGACCUUAUCUUUCACACUUGAAACUCCAGACCUGGUCCUUCAGCACCCAUUCUAAUGCAAAACAAACCAUUAGUUAUUUAGGUUGGAUAAUAAAGCACAUUUACUGAUGCAUUACACACACCACUGCAGGCUUAAUUGCUAUUUGAGAGCAAAAACUUUUAAUAUUUCACAUUAUUUCAACAGAAUCCAUUAGCACAGGUCUACAUUAUGUAAAGAACAGAAACUCACUCUUGUUUUUUUAAACACAGGGCUGAUAACAAUACAAAAACAUUUUCUCAAAUGGAUGUAUGAUUGGUUUUAAAAUAAAUGGGUUACAAGAAGGGCUGGGCGAUAAAACGAUAACAAUAUAUAUCGAAAAUUAAUUUCCCUCAAUAUCAAUAUAAAACAUGGUUAACAUGCUUUUCGAUAGUCGACAUUCUGCCAUGCUUUGGUAGACUAUACAAAUAGCCAAUGAAAAGGGAAGUUGCUCCGGGUUUGCUUUGCACUGAACCAAUCGUGCUGAAUUUAGGGAUGGAAAUCGGGAACCGGUUCUUGUUGAGAAUCAUGGACAACACUGGCAUAAAAACAUUGGUAGUGUGGAGGUAUUUUGGUUUUUUGAAGUUGGACAUGAAGCAGAGUAAUGUGCACUGCAAAUUAUGUAGAGUACAUGUUUUUCACAAAGUUGUGAAAUACCGCAAAUCUUUUUCACCACCUGAAGCAGUCCCACGCAGCAGAGCACGUACAAUGCAAAAGGUUACAAACCCCGAGCGGAGCAAGGAGCCCAUGGCACCUGUGUAGCCAAAACAACUGACCAUUCAGUACGCUUUCUCUAGCACAACGCCUAACGACAAAACGGCGAAGAGACACAAGGACCUCACAGAUGCAUUAGCUUAUUGUAUUGCAAAAGACAUGCUGCCAAUAAGCACUGUUAAAUUUCAUUUUUGUGUAUCGUGAUAUAUAUCGACUGAAAUAGAAAAAAUAUAUCAUAAACUUUUUCCCAUAUCGCCCAGCCGUAAUUACAAGCCAGAUUGGUCAGAAUAGAAAAAUUGCAUUUGCUUAUAUAUUCGCAGUUUAAUAUUAUUCUUUGUACUUUUCAAGGACUGUGCAUUUAAAGAAGGUGCCAUAAUAAAGUGGGAAAGAUUAGCAGAAAAGAGUAAGUGUGAAUAUUGCACUUUUUGCAGCAGGUCCAAAGAAAAAAAAAACGAUAGGAUACUUUAUCAUAACUGCGUGCUUGUAGUCUUUUACUUUGGGCCCAUUUCAGUUUGCAUCACAUGAACUCAACAAGUAAAGCAGAAAAAACUCACAGGCUGUAGGAAACAAUAACAAUCUGAUUGUCAACAGUUGCUUCCUGUUUCUGUUUCUGCUAAAGGCGCGCGCGUAGCCGGGCUGUGAGAAACAGACAGAGAACAAGGCAGCCCGCGAGCUCCAGCCCGACUGAGGGAAACAUCACGUGGUGACACAUCUCCACGACUGACGUCACCGUCCCCAUCUCUAAGCAACCCCUCCAUCAGCACUCACGUCACCAUGCGCCCGAGCCGCGCGGUUGCUCAGCAACCCGUGCCUUGCGCUCGGGUCCGGCCUUGCCUUGCACCCAGCUCGGAGCUCUGACGCGGGUGUGACGUUAAUAAGGUGGGUAUCAAUUUGUUAUGGUGGUUGAGGGAGGGAACAGAGGAAAGGAGGAGGAGGAGUUCCCCCUGUGAGUGCCGAAACCUUGCUCUGCAUUCCGGCGGAGCGCACAAGCACACACCGGCCGCAGCCCAGUCCCGGGCCAAAAGACUAGUCCUGUAAACUCAAACUAAAGACGGCAGGAAAAAAAAAGUUUCUCCGCGCGGGUUUUUUGUACAAUUUCUGCUGUAUUUUCUUGUUUUUUCUUCGCUCUGUCUGUGGAAUGCUUUACUUUUCCAGUGAGAGCUUUCUGAACUGUGAGAGAAGGAGGUUUAUGUCCGCUCUUUGAGGUAAGACGAGACAGCUCUCUCCAUUUUUAUUCUCUGAUUUCACAGCCUCAUAUUUCAUUUACCACCAUUUUCCAACUGUCCAGACGCAGGCCUAGUUUUCAUUUUUAAUAGAUAUACCAAGUUAUCCCCCUCUUCACUGUCCGUUUACUCGAUUUAUCAGUCAAUAAGAAGCUACGUUUGGAAUAAUUGAAUUUCGUCAAUGGUGUUAACACAUUUAGCACAUGUAGUCUAUCAGUUUAAGGUCUCAUGGGGAAUUAGAUCACCUAAACUUAUACCAAUAAAUUUAAUUAUUAAAUAAACGACAGCACCUCUCUCAGUGUAAGCUUGUAACGCAGUACUAUGGUCUACUUUCUCACGACUUUUCCUCACUUGUGUUUUCCACUGCUGCACCCAAAGGCUAUGUGAAGCGGUGGAAGUACUAUUCAUAUUGAAAUGAAGUGUGAAAUGAUCAGAUUCCUUUGGGAAACCAUGCAAACAUAAGAUGAAAGUCAAUGUUUGGAUCAUGCAAAACCAUUUCUUUUUGCAGAGUUAAAUAAAGACAGCAUAUAUUACUCUAUAUUUUCUUGUUUUAUCUAUUGCAGUUCUGUCAUUUAAGCUAGUGUGAGGUCCAUCAUUUCAUUUUAAGAUAAUAAACCAUCAAAUCAUAUUUUAUAAGCUUUUUUAUGAUUGAUAGGGUACAUGCGAAACAAAAAAAAAAAAAAAGGUGUAUAGUGUCAGAUGAAUGAAGUGGGGGAAUACAUGUUUUCUCUCUGAAUUGUAUAGGAGUUUAAUUUACAUAAUAGGAAAAAUUAGGUUAUUGUAUGUAGUGAUUUUCUUACACUAAAGAUAGGCCUUCAUAUUCAUUUUUUCUGAUUUUCUUGUUUUUAAGGUGAAUUAGAUGGAAGUAGUAUAUGUCAAAUUUAUGUGAGCCUGCUAGUAUUCGGUGUAUUCAAUGCAAUGGUUUCAUUUGCUCUGCAGGUAUCAGCCUUAAGUAUCCCAGUGCUGUAACUCCAGACUGUUGGUGCACCAUGGUGAUCAUGACCGAGAACAGCCGGGGGGCUCAGUCUAGCCCUGCCCAGGGCCGGCCACUGCAGGUCGGCUUCUACGAGAUCAUCCGCACCCUGGGCAAAGGCAACUUUGCUGUGGUGAAACUGGCAAAACACAAAGUCACUAAAACACAGGUCGGCACCACUCCUCCCUGUCAAUAGUAUUACUUCAUUUGGGAUUUCAAAAUAGCAAUUUCUUCGUGAUUAUCAUUCUUUAAAAGUUGCAAAUGGUCCUUUGUGUUGCAGGUGGCUAUUAAAAUCAUCGACAAGACCAGACUAAACCCUUCCAACCUGGAGAAAAUUUACCGAGAAGUGCAGAUCAUGAAGCUGCUGAACCACCCCCACAUCAUCAAGCUGUACCAGGUGUGUGUUAUCUGUCACCUCUCUGCAAUGUUGCUGCUGGCCAUGCAUGUGUUUGUAUGUGUGCAGAAUGACAUGUGUGCGCACGAUGCUGUGUGUUUGUCUGGAGUGAAGCACUGGAGUAAAAUUUGCAGUGUGAAACUCUGCAAAACGGGAACAUAUUUUUUCCCCCAUUAGUGUUGAGGUGCGGGGAACUGUGCCUCAUUACUGUUGACAUGCGGCUACAGCCAUUAUGUGUGGCAAAAAUAAGGGACAUUUAGCUUUUAAGUGGUUUGUGUUGGUUUGUGGUGAGCUGCUGACUCCUGGAGCACAUUGAAUCAUGAGUACAGCACAACAGCAUUAGUGAAAUCCCUUUUGACCUCCUUCUGUAUGUGUCUGCAUGUUGUGUACGGGGAUUGGUGAGAAUAUUCACUUGUUCUGGUCAGCGUCAGAGCUGAAGUGUGUUUAAUAUUUUUAAAGUUAUGACGGUAAAAGUGACUGUAGAGACGUGGGAAGCAGAGGAUGGCGUAGGGAAAGACGUCCACAGGUCUGAACACUAAGCCUGAUUAGCGUCUGUUCAAGCCAAGUGCAAUGUGUCUGUGCGUCACGUGAAGGCCACCCCACAAAGCGCUGCUUUACUCCUAAUCAAAUUGAAGACUUAGCAGAAAGAAUCGGCUUUCUUCCUCUCAGCUGGCCUUCGUAGUGCCGUGGCACGCGUCUGGCAACAAACACACAAACACACACCCACGCUAACAAACACACUAUGCCCUUUCUUUUUCUCCCACCGCGGCCUUUUUCUGCUCUUUUGUUUUACUCUGUUGUUUUAAUACCUUAGAGGUUUACUUCAUGUUUUCCAGUUUAAAGCAACCGAACAGUGUUUACGGUGAAAUCACCAAUGAUUGCAAAAACUCAGGGUGAGAUACUAUUUCUUGGAAACCUAAGCAGCGUUUCCCAUCAGACACAAUGGUGCUUAGUAACUCUGACACAACCGAGUUUCAGUUUCACUUGGAGAUAAAAUAUCAAGUCUAUUUAACCGUUUGGUGACGGUUCUUAUUCUGAUAAAGAUGUUUUGUGUGUUAAUUACAGUAAGACAGAUUAAUAAACAGAUCUUGAGUCAUUUUGAAACAUGAAGUAUGGGACUAAAACACGUCUUUCUAUUCUCAAUUUUAGAUUUGACUUAAAUAUCAUCUUAAACUUUGGAAAUAUCCUACCUAUCAGAACCUCUUAUCGAGGUUUACACCCUUGUUAGAACAGGUGGAAAUGUAGAUGAUGUUACAUUUGAUGCUAAAUUUAACAAGAUUAGUUUUUAAAGUAUACCAAUUGUUGUAUUGUAUUGUUGGUUGUACCUUUUUCUAUUAGACAUAAAAAGGUUAACAAUGAUGUCAUGUUUCCUUCAUGUGAUGAAUCUUGAGUUGUGUGAGGUAAAGCUCGUCAGAUGGUUGUUACUCAAUAAUGUGGAGUAAUGCUCUUCACCCUCUUUUCUCUGAACAAAGGGAGGAUAGUGGCAUAAGACCGUCUUGUGAUUCAAAGGAUACGUUCCCUGACCUUCUGCUUUAUGAAUCAGCUGCUGCUUUUAUUCGUGGGAGCAUACGUGUUUUUUGUCUCUCUUGUCGUGGAUCAGAGUCCUCUCUUUGACCUUGUAUCAAUCACACUCUCCCCCCUCUCAUCCCUCUUAAACCCCACUCUCCCACUGGUGGGGCAGUCAGCAAAACAUCCUCUUAUCUGCUCGGCUGUGAAGACUAGAUUUGUUCAAACCUCCAGGGGUGUUUUUAAAAUUUUAUUUGGGAUCCAGAGUAUCCAAGGUUGCUUCUCUUUUCUAGCUUAGCUGUGAGUUAUUAGCGUAUGAUAAUGAAAAAAUUACACUUAUAAAGGAUGCAGCAUUUGUAAUCUAGAGUUCACUUAUCAUUCAUUCAUUUUACUCUACUAAAGCUACUUUGAUGUAAAUAAAAAGAAAAAUUUAUGGAUGUUGAGAGGUUAAUUUUCCAUCUGAGGGUCCAUGACGCGCGGUGUCUGUUCUUCAGAGCAGUGACGUCAGCUGCACCUCAAGGUGACAGAGCCCCAGAGAGCUGCUCUAACUCACAGAUAAGCUACUCAUGGCUCAAAGGCAUCUGUGUAUUGAAUCACCCUUUGCUUGGUACAUUAAAAGGGGACAAAAAGAAACACAAACUCCAACUAUUCAGUGGAAUUUGAUAGCAUUCAAUCCCAAGUUGGCCUGCAGUGUAACCCACACAUGGCUUUGUCAUGAGAUGAAAAUUGCUUUGUUGUGCAACCUUUCGGCUCAGCUGACCUGUCCCUUAGGGCUCUCUUGGGAUAUGGAGGCCUUCUGUGAGCUCCAGGAAAAGACUGGGAAUUGCGUCUUUCCGGCCAGCAUAGUGCACUGGGUGAAGAGGGAUUGUACUUGCGGUGGUUUGGAUAGACAAGGCGGGACCCAUGUAAACAGCUCAUGUGAAUUGGUCUCUCUGUUUCCUAGAACUAAUCAGAUAGGGGCAGCUUGAAAUUCAACUCGAGCAUCCUUUGCCAACUAGUGUUAGCCUUCGGGGAAAUAUUUCUAACAAGUUUAUGUCCGUUUGUUAAGUGCGUAAUCUGGUUUUGAAAAAUGACAUAAUGCAAGUCAUGGACAACUUUCUUAUGUAACCGAACAUCUCAUGGAAAGGCAGGGCGGUGACGUUCGAUGAAUAUGGAAAAAUACAUGUAGAAGUUUUCAGAAGGGGAUUUUUGUGGGUAGAAAAUGUCAAAUGCCGAGAGAUGUCUGAGUAGGGCUACUCUUAAGUGUUUUUCAUGGCUCUUUGGUUAAACUGUCUUUUUUUUUUGUCUUGUUUUUUCCACUUAGGUCAUGGAGACCAAAGAUAUGCUGUACAUCGUAACCGAGUAUGCAAAGAAUGGAGAAAUGUUCGGUGAGUUCUUCUUCUUCAUUAUUUGUAACUUUAAUAGAUAGAAAAGCACAAUAUUUCCUUUUGAAUGAAGCUAAAUAUCCUGUCUCCCUCUAGACCACCUGACUUCAAAUGGCCGUUUGAGUGAAGACGAGGCACGAAAGAAAUUUUGGCAGAUUCUCACAGCCGUGGACUAUUGCCAUCGACACCACAUCGUUCACCGUGACCUGAAAACUGAGAAUCUCUUACUGGAUGCCAAUAUGAAUAUCAAACUGGCUGGUAAGUCUGCCACAUACUGUGUUCUGUUAAAUGGAGGCUGUUUUUCUGCUGGCAGAAAGGCGUGUUUAUUUGUUUUAAUGAGGAUUCAACAUUUCAAACCUGAUACUGUCUGUCUGCACUUUCCUGCUGGUUUUAUACUCAGAGAUAGAAAGAAUUUGCCGCUUCUUUAAGCACUGGAAAUUAAUACUUUAACGAACUCUCCAGCCAAUGAAGUGCAAGUAAAAUCCAGGAUUUAAUGCAGAGCAGACAGUGUUGCAUGGAAAUAUCUUAAAACCUAAAAAACACUACUCUUUAGUGAGAGGGCGAUGUAUCCAUGUUAGCUUGAUAUCUUCAACAAACACCAUACAUCAGGAUUAACCAAAGACAACACAUUUACAUUCCUGAGCCAUGAGCUCCUCCUGUUUGUUCCAACGUUAUAAAGACAGCAAACACUGCACUGCUGGAAUAACACAGACCUCGUCUGCCUUUGUUUGUGUCUCACAGACUUUGGAUUUGGAAACUUCUACAAUGCCGGGGAGCCUCUGUCUACAUGGUGUGGCAGCCCGCCUUAUGCUGCCCCUGAAGUCUUUGAAGGAAAAGAGUAUGAGGGGCCUCAGCUAGACAUUUGGGUAAGCCAAUGAAAUGAGCAUCAACAGCAUGAAUUCAUCAGUCAGGUAUUAUUUCUGCUAAUGCUAAUGUUCUCCAUUUUCCUCUUUUCCUCACAGAGUCUCGGUGUUGUGCUUUAUGUCCUUGUUUGUGGCUCUCUUCCAUUUGAUGGGCCCAGCCUUCCUGCACUAAGACAAAGAGUCACAGAGGGACGAUUCAGAAUCCCCUUCUUCAUGUCCCAAGGUACAACACCAACAAAAUACAGACAGCAGUGAUUCAAAAUUCAUUUAUAAAUCUAAAGCACAUCAAAACAAAAAAACUCAAUCCUUGUUUCAAUCUUCUAGACUGUGAAAACCUGAUCCGUAAGAUGCUGGUUGUGGACCCAGCCAAGAGGAUCAGCGUGGCACAGAUCAAGCAGCACCGCUGGAUGCUGGCAGACCCGACAGCCGCCCACCAGACCCUCAGCCACUCUCUGACUGACUACAACUCAAACCUGGGGGACUACAGUGAACCUGUUCUGGGCAUCAUGAACACACUGGGCAUCGAUCGCCAGAGGACUAUCGAGGUAACAGACUUUGACAUCUCACAUUUCAGGAGGCUUGUUGUGUUUAAAGAUUUAAGAUAGUCAAAUAUGUCUAUAACCUCAUACAUCUUCUGUACUUGUAUACUUUCAAUUAUAAGGGAUGAAUGGGUUAACCCAAUGUUAUGACGAAUAUGGAUAAAAGAUGGCAUUAAGAACCACAGACUGUAAACAAAUCAGCAGCACCACUAAUCUGCUGUCUGUUCCCACAGUCUCUGCAGAGCAGCAGCUACAAUCACUUCUCCGCCAUCUAUUACCUGCUGCUGGAGAGAGUGAGGGAACAUCGCGCCCAGCAGCUGAGCCGCCAGUGUGGAACCUGGAGCCAAAGACCCAGGAGCACCUCUGACUCCACAGGCCCUGAAGUGAGUUCUCUACCUGGAUUUAAUGAGCUUAAUCUGUACUUGAUCUCCCUACCUGAUCUGACCUGCAGCAGCGUGUAUGUAAAGUCUUAAAACGUUCUGUGCUUUUGCCUCUAGGUGAUUAUGGAGUCCACUGAUGGCUUUACAACCGCAGCGUUUUCAGCUGCUGCCAAGAGCUCUCCCCCGGUGUAUUCAGAGAAAGAGCAUGACCAGGGAGGCUUGUUCCAGGUAAACUUAUUUCCUUCAGACUUUAAGUAUUUGGCUUUUACCUUCCUUGAAAUGCAGCUAUUGUUAUUUCUCUUAACCAGACAGCUAACAGCUAGCCUGCUUCUGUUUCAGCGUGUGGUGUUCCCAGUGGAGGCCAGCCUGAACAGACUCCUCUGGAAUCGCUCCAUUUCACCCAACAGCCUAUUGGAGACGAGCAUCAGUGAGGAGGUGCGACCCAGAGAUCUGGAGGAGGAGGAGGCAACUCAAAGUCUUGGUCCCCUGCUCCCCCCCACCACCACUUCCCGCAGACACACUCUGGCUGAGGUGUCAGCCCGUUUCCACCAGUGCAACCCUCCAUGUAAGUAUUCCAGUCAGAUGUACAAAUACUACACUACGUCAACACCCAGAGUCUAAUUCCUGCCCUAAUCUGUUGCCGUAGGUAUUGUGGUCAGCCCUUCAGACGGUGCCUCUUCUGACAGCUGUCUCAAGUCCUCAUCCAGUCCAGCCCCCAUUUUGCAGGCUGCUAUGGGUGAUAUGUCAACACUUCUGGCCUCUGGGGCUAAAGGUGGAGCACUGCUGCCUGCUGGAACUCCCCUGGCCCUGUCCUCUCACCUCCUGCCUCAGGCCCAGGGCAGCCUGCCUGCUGCGAGCUUCCAAGAGGGUCGCAGAGCAUCUGAUACCUCCCUCACGCAAGGUACAAGAGCGUGACCAUGAAAUGGAUUAAGUGUCAACUUUCCAAGCUAAUUUUCAUUUCUCACAUGUCUAAUAUGUUAAAAUACAGGGUCAAAGAGUAUUGUGUAACUCUUUCCCAUUCCUUUCCACAGGCCUCAAAGCUUUCCGCCAGCAGCUGAGGAAAAACACACGCACCAAAGGGCUACUGGGAUUAAAUAAGAUUAAGGGUCUGACAAGACAAGUCGCUCCUCCACCCUCCUGCAACCGCGGCAGCCGAGGGUCAAUUGGUCCGGCUCUCUCAGAGCACCGCAGCAUGUUAGUGGAGGUGCUGCACCAGCAAAGGUGAGGCAAGCUAUCUAAGAGGAAGUUAUUAAAUUCUAUCUAAAGAGUGGAGAUCUGAAGAUUUCAAACUGAAAGAGAGACUCUGAGAGAAAUAAGACUUAUUUCUGUGAUGUCUUCUUUCCAGGAUGCUACAGAUCCAGCACCAACCCCAGCCUCAAGUCCAAGCUGCUCAGACAGGUCCUACCCAGAAUCCUCUGCUCUUUCUGGCCCAGAACCAGUCAACUUCUCCUCCACCUACUACCCCAUUUGCUUCCUCCUCCAUCUUUGACACCCCAAGUCCUCCUACCCUUCCUACUCAGCAGACUCCAGUGGGUCUACAGCAAGGUCCCUGGCAACAAACCCUGGAGACCACAUCCUCUUCCUCUUGCUGCUCCUCAUCCUCCUCAUCCUGCUUCUCCUCAUCACUCUCCCCCGUGGCCUCUGCUGCUUAUCUUCUGGAGGCACGUCUGCACAUCAGCCAGCAAACCCACCCUCACCCCACCACCGGCCUCCACCCACAGUCCCACUCUGCAGCACAAGGCCCCUUCCCUGUUGUAUCCAAACCAGCAGUGUGGAGCACAGACCCUGACAUGCAGGAGUUGUGUAUGGCGGCACAGCAGCAGCUCAGCAGCUGCGUGAUGGUGAAAUAAAAUGUGAGCCCUCAAGACCAGCGAUUGUUCUCCUUGAAGUAGACACCCAGCAAAAAUUCUGACUUGAUGUGGAGAAGGAAAAAAAAAACAGAAGAAAGAACAAGAAGAAGACGCAAGAGAAACCUUAUUCAACAACAUGUUGUACACAUGUGAGAAUGUGAGAGCACACAUGUAUGUUGUAUACGCUUUUGAUAUCAUAUAAGCUAAAGACUAAGCAAUAACCAAACUCUGGACACGGUAUUGAAGCUGUAUCAGACAGCCUGAAAAGCAAUAAUAGACUGAAAGACUCUCAUCCAGCUCUUUGUUGGACUCACUUGAAUGAAUGGAGAGCUGAUGUAAGCUGAUACAACGUUGUCACCUGUUUUUAUGCUGUCUAAGUCAGUGUGUAGGUCUUUUUUUAUUACAGGAAGCCUCCCUCUUCCUCAAAUUUUGAAGUGUCAUUUCCUGUUCUUGAUUUUUUUUCACUUGACUGGACACAAGACCAAAAUCCCCUUUUUUUCUAUCUUUUAUUCAGACUUCGUUCGCCUUUCUGAAGAGACAUUUCUCUGUAGCAGUGCAAUGAACAUACAGCAUAGUGCCCUAAGCUUGCAGAUUCUCACUGAAGGAGUUGCUUUUGAUCUGUAUCAAAACUGUGAUUUUUUUUUUCUGUACAACAAUAGUUUAGUUACGCAAAUGCUGCUUUUACCUCAUGCCGCAAAAAGACUGCUACAGAACAUCCUCAUCAGCCAAAACCGAAGGAAGAAAGUGUAUCGCUGAUUGAGCAAAGCACAACAGGUACUUUAGUCAGCUUAGUGCAUGCGUGGAUACAUGUGUCUGUAUUCUUUGCGUUUGAGAAGCUCUCCUUUUAGACGCUUUUCGCUACCUCCUCGGGCGAGUGAUUGAAAACAGAGAAACCUGUAAAAGUUCACUAACAACACGUUAUAGGAUGUCAGAGGUUGACAACUUUCAGAACAAAGACAGUGGGAACAGUGCAAUAUUUCACAUUGAAAUACAAAUGAAAGUCUCUAUAUAUGGUGAUCAAAUUGUACACGCAUAUAAGCCUGAGGUUUUUUUUUUUUUUAUUGUUUGCUGUGUGAGCUAGCAACUAGAAUAGGUACAAGUGAAGUAACAUAUUAACAUGAUACUGUAGAACAUGAGAGGAAAUGCAUUUUGAGAAGCUGUAUCUUCUAGCAUGCUUGUUGUUGUUCAACUGAGUGGAAGAAUUUGGGUUUUACCAAAGAGCGGACAGCACAAGAGAUGGGUGAUCUAUCACAGACACACUACUGACUUUUCACUUUAAAAUGCUGUCUCAAAAUGUAGCACGGUGGUUCGCUAGCAUUUUCACUUGAUCUCCUUAGCUCUUGCUGUGAGAAGACUCCUGCUGCCACCAAAUCCUAAAGCUACACAUGUUGUUUUUAUCUAUAGGUUUUACUAUCAAGACCAUGGUGGUGUUCAUUUUUAUACUUUUCUAGAAAAGAAGAACAAAAUUGAAAAAAAAAAAAAAAAAAUCAGUGCAUAGCAAUACCAUGUUGUGCUGGAUGUUGACUUUGCUUUGGUUGUCCAUGGGUGGUGAGAAAUAGAAAGAACCUGCAACAAUCUGCUUUAGAGUCUGCAGGAUGGGUGUAAUACUGUAAACAUAGUCCUCUCAUUUACUGCUACAUCUUUUAAAAUAUCAGUGUUUUUCCAAACCCAGUUUUAAUUUGGAAACACGCAGGGUUGAUAUUUCUAUCCAACAGCUUUUGGGUUGGCUGCACUCACUACCAACACUUGUGCCUUUAUCUGAACAAACCUGUGAUCAGAGGUCUCCAUCUCUGAAAACUACACUGAAGAAAGGAAGACGAAUGGCUCAGUCACUUGUCAUUCAGUCAGACGGCCCCUUUGUUAUCUUCUCUGAUUCUCUCUCUUUGCUGAAUCUGACCUUUGAAUUUGCUGUGGAAACAGAAGCAAGAAUUGCACUUUAUUCAUAUUUCCGAUUAAUGAUUUUUUUUUUGUUCCUCAUGAUGAAAAAAAAAAACAUCACAAGACUAUUGAAACACUAGACAUUUAAUGCAAAUCUCUAAGUUGACCCUUUUUGAUAAACUUUGGAUAAUAAGAAGUAUUUCAUUUACAUUUUUUGUUUGUUACUUGACUUUGUGAACAUGUCUGUGUGUAUGAGUGUGUGUGUGUGUGUGUGUGUGUGUGUGAAAGCGAUAAGAGAAGGAAAAAGAAAAAGCCUGUUAGACAUGAAAGACUGUUUAUUUAUGUGGCUAUUUAUUUAAAUAAAGUUCACUUCCUAAACUCUG